UCAUUUCAAAUCCGCUGGGAACAAGUGAGUAUUAAUUAACAUCCCUGUUUAUAACACUAUAAUUUGUUUUUUUUUUUUUUUGCUUCCAACAUAGCCUACGGUAGUCGAUGCUUUCCCUGCAAUGCCACCACACCUCAAACGCUUCCUCCACCACCCACCACCACCACCACCACCAACCUACUCUCUCCCCUUCUCCACCACCACGUCUCCACCACCCAACCAUCACUCCCCUCUAACCACUGCUAUCAUUUCCCUCCUCACUCACCACCGUUCCAAAUCCCGCUGGUCCCACCUCCGCUCUCUCCUUACCACCACCACCAGCAUCCCCCUCGCCCCUGGUCACUUUUCCCUAAUCACCCUCAAAUUAAAAUCAAAUCCCCAUCUUGCCCUCAGCUUCUUUCACUUCACCCUCCACAACUCCUCUCUUUGCUCUCACAAUCUCCGCUCCUAUGCCACCAUCAUUCAUAUCCUCUCCCGGGCCCGCCUGAAGGCCCAUGCCCAGGAAAUUAUUCGGGCCGGACUCCGGUCGCAGAUUUUGUUUAAUAAUGAUGAGGAUGCCUUUGCUGAGCAGACAGGACUGAGCAGGGUGGAACAGGAUUGUGAAGGACACAGGGGCCCCAGGUACCACCUGCUAAAAGAAGUGAGGUUUUUUGAAGUUUUAGUGAAAAGUUAUAGAGAGUGUGAUUCAGCUCCAUUUGUGUUUGAUUUGUUGAUAAAAUCUUGUUUAGAAUUGAAAAAGAUUGAUGGGUCUAUUGAGAUUGUGAAGAUGUUAAGGUCUAAAGGGAUUAGUCCAUCAAUUAGUACUUGUAAUGCUUUGAUUAGUGAGGUUUCAAGGUGUAAAGGAUCGUUUGUUGGUUAUGGGGUUUUUAAGGAGGUUUUUGGAUUGGAAAGUUGUGAGCUUGGGGAGAAAAUGAGAAGGGGUUUUAGAGUUAGGCCUAAUGUUCAUAGUUUUAAUGAAUUAAUGGUGGGGUUUUAUAGAAAUGGUGAAGUGGAGAUGGUUGAGGAGAUUUGGAGUGAAAUGGAGAGAUUUGGCUGCGUUGCAAAUGGGUUUAGCUAUGGUGUUUUAAUGGCUGUUUUUUGUGAGGGAGGGAGGUUAAGUGAAGCAGAGAGGUUAUGGGAGGAAAUGAGAGAGAAAGGAAUAAUGCCUGAUGUUGUUGCUUAUAAUACUGUCAUUGGUGGGUUUUGUAAGGCUGGAGAGGUUGAGAAAGCUGAGGGUCUUUUUAGGGAAAUGGGAUUGAGUGGAAUCGAGAGUAGUUGUGUUACUUUUGAGCAUCUUAUUGAGGGGUAUUGUAGAAUUGGGGAUGUUGAUUCGGCUAUUCUUGUGUACAAGGAUAUGCGUAGGAGAGACUUUAGGCUUGAAGCUUUGACAAUGGAGGUGUUGAUUGGAGGGCUUUGUGAGCAGAAAAGAGUUUUUGAAGCUUUGAAGAUUAUGAGGAGUGCAAUGAGAGAUGUUAGUUUUCAUCCGAGUGGGAAGAGUUAUGAGUUAUUGAUUAACGGAUUGUGUGAGGAUGGGAAAAUGGAAGAAGCAUUGAAGCUUCAAUCAGAGAUGGUGGGGAAAGGGUUUGACCCAAAUUCAGCAAUUUAUGGUGCUUUUAUUGAAGGGUAUGUGAAGUUGGGAAAUGAGGAAAUGGCAGCUAUGUUGAGGAAGGAAAUGUCUGUAGCUCAAAAGCAGCAGCAAGAGGAUUAAAUGUUACCAAUUGAUUAGUUGCGAGCCUACCCCUUGGUUUUUGUGUUCACGUUCAAAAGCUUGAGAAAUGUGACAGGUGUUCGGAUCCUUGAAAGCUUUUAGCACUGUGAAUGCGCUGCCUCCCUUCCCCCAUCGAAUAAAAUGUCGUCUUGUAGGAAUUGAGUGUUUUUUCUGAUGAUGGGAGUAAGACAGUUAAAAUGGCAUCAAGAUGAGCAGAUUAUGGUGUGCUGCAACCUAGGAAAUCCAUUAGCUCUGCACCUAGUUAAAGCAAUUACUGGAUAAAGAAAGAACAACUGAGGGUUUGACUUCUUUCUGUUGAUGCAACGUCUCCUGUCCAUUUGUGAUGGAUAUGAACUACCAGAAAGUGGCACUUGAGAAUUGAUAGAAUGUAUUUUAUGCUGGUUGUAAAGAUUAUCAAUCCAUAUCCUUCAACGGCCUGAAUCAUUUUGCUGGAGAUGGUAUGUUUGCCGCAUAUAACUUUUGAGAUUUUAUGUUCAGAUUGGUGCUAGCCUAGCUGCACAUAAGCAUAGCAAGCUUAAGCUAGCUUCCUCGACAAGUUAUUGUACUUAUUUUGUCUGCCUCGAGCAGCAAUAAAAUCACCAGAUUUUUCUGAGAAAGAAAAAAUGGUUUUUCC